AUGUCGUCUGGCACGCGCCGCGCGAAUGGUACAGCUUCCACAGCUGCGGACAAUGAACGGCCAUCGAGAGCCUCACGCAUGAAUGCGGCCGCGGCUGCCGCUGCCGCCAAUGGGGGAGGAGGAACUGGUGGUGGAAGCGCUCAUACAAGCUUUAGAGGGGAACGCAGCGAGCGGAGCGAUACGCGGCAGCAACAGAGAGAACGGGAACGCGAACGGGGAAGGGAGAGGCCGCCGUCGCCGGGUAAUAAUGCGCACAAGAGAUCUGCGUCCGGAAACACUCGACCAACGAGCAGGACGCGCGAGGAUCGUCGGGUGGAUGAGAGGAGGACGGAAAGGACAUACGUCACGCAGCUUGAGACGCUUGUGCAGCGAACACGAAGUGCCGAGAGGGGAGAGCGCAGAGGCGGGGAGAAAGGCAAAACGGCGGAAAACAAGUCGCGUAUGGCGGAAGCAAAGCCCAAGGAUGCCAAGGUUGAGACCCCGCAAGCACCAUGGAAUCCGGAAGCGACACUUCUCCCUCACACAUCAGCUCCGUUGGCGUCCCGAAUAUCUAUACCUCCAUUGGCGUCGCAAGCGCCGCAGCCCCAGCAACCAAAACCGCUGAGCGAGCUGACACUCGAAGCUCAGGAGGCUGUGAUGAUCGAAGACUUGUUGUUUGUGUUCAUGGGCUACGAGGGCCAGUACAUCCGCUUCGCCAAGACUUACAACCCGCACGAAGAGAGGGAUCGGCUCUCGGGGCCGACUUUCAGAGUAUUACCUGGCCUGGACCCCAGCUUGCAAGAUCUCACAGUAUCGAUGCUAAAGAUGGCCACAUACUAUUCCGCACUCGAGAUGUUCGUCGACGUCCAGAGCAGGGAAGAGUUUGGCGCCGUCAACCACGCGCUAUGCGCCUCAAUUAGGAAGUUCCUUCAUGACUAUCUGAUUAUGAUUGCGCAGCUGGAAACACAGUUUCUUACCAACGAGACGUUCACCUUACAUGUCUUGAACAUACACACCUUACCAACCAACCAAAUGAUGUCACAUCUGUACGCCUUGGCACAUGAACUGCUGAAGCGCAACGCAUUAUUGGAUGACGAUGACGAGGAAGAGAGUGAUAGUGCGGACGACUUUGAGAAUAUCCUCGAGUCCCUCCGGGAGGGUGGUGACUUGGUGCCGGGCUCAGGGAAGAAGAUCUCCAAAGGCGGUGUUGUUCUGGGUUUGCUCACUAAGAGGUUGGAGUCGAUGUCUGGAGAUCCGGCAGCACGCGCGUUGCUUACGACGCUGCUACGAGAUGCAAGCAAGCCGUACAUGGUCAUGCUUAACGAAUGGCUUCACCAUGGUGGUAUCAACGAUACUCACGCAGAGUUCCUCAUUAAGGAGCAGAAGAGUAUCCGGAGGGAACGCUUGGAGCAAGACUACACGGAUGAAUACUGGGAGAGACGAUACACCAUCCGAGAACACGAUAUCCCUCCGCAGUUGGAAGGUGUCAAGGACAAGGUCCUGUUGGCAGGGAAGUAUUUAAACGUGGUAAGGGAAUGUGGCGGUGUCGACGUCAGCAAAGUCGUCUCAGACGUCCCAACGUCUUUCGACGACAGCCGAUUCCUAGAGAACGUUAACAAUGCGUACGCCCACGCCAACGAGUCUCUCAUGCAACUUCUGCUCACCACCCAUUCUCUGCCCAUGCGGCUGCGGUCGCUCAAACACUACUUCUUCUUAGACCCAUCCGAUUACUUUUCUUAUUUCCUCGAGCUCGGUACCUCGGAACUGCGGAAGCCCGUCAAGUCCGUUAACACCGGCAAGCUACAAUCAUUGCUCGAUCUGGUUCUUCGCCAGCCGGGUAGUAUUGUAUCUCUGGACCCGUUCAAGGAAGAUGUCAAGGUGGAAAUGAAUGAGAUCACCCUUAUCAAAUCACUGCAACGGGUCGUCAACAUUACGGGUAUCGAACAGGGCGAGACGUUGCAGCCUCUGGCGAAUCAACCGAUCGAGAAUGAUAGGAAUGCCAUAGGGUUCACAUCACUCCAGCUCGAUUACGCCGUGCCCUUCCCGGUGUCUCUUGUAAUCAGCCGUAAGACAGUGUGGCGUUACCAGGCUCUGUUCCGCUACCUCCUCUCGCUGCGUUACCUCGAGUCUCAGCUGUCAACGACGUGGCACUCGCAGACCUCGGGAAUGACGUGGGCUCACAAAAGCUCCUCUCGUAGCCUCGAGAUUUGGAAACGGCGGGUUUGGACACUUCGUGCUCGUAUGUUGGUAUUUGUGCAGCAACUACUCUACUUUUGCACGGCCGAGGUUAUCGAACCCAACUGGGCUAAGUUCAUGUCAAGACUAAAGGUCAAGGAGGACGGCCAGGAUGCGACUGGCAGCGCUUCGGAGGGGCCCACAAGAACGGUAGACGAGUUGAUGCAGGAUCAUGUGGACUUCUUGGAUACGUGCUUGAAGGAGUGCAUGCUCACCAACAGCAAGCUAUUGAGAAUCCACUCCAAGCUGAUGCAAACCUGCACAAUCUUCGCAACCUAUUCCAACUGGCUUUCCCGCGAGCUAGAGAAGGCUGAUCCUGACCUCUCUGGUGCUACGCGCCCGCCCAAUAUGACACCAGAGCAAUGGCGUGCUUUCCAAGCCGUGCGCACACAGAAGCCCUCCGGCUCACAUAGCGACUCGACGUCCUCGGCGGGUGCUGGCGAACAGCAGGAGGCACGUGUAGGCAACCUAUUCGAAAUCAUGAAGAAAUGGGAAGGCAACUUUAGCAGGCAUCUACAGAUUCUGCUCGAUGCCUUGAAUCACUACGCCGCGACGGAAACAGUCGUCCUGCUCAGUCUGUGCGCACGGCUCAGCACAGCGAAUCAGGGAACCGAGUACGCGGGUUUGAGGAACGAGGAGGACGGUGUGGCUUAA